CUGGUUCAGUAAUGUACUAACCGGCGACUGUAGCUUUUAGUUCCACUGACGGCAAAUCAUGACCACUUUACUAAACGACAAUUUGUUCAAGUUUGUGCCCGCCAGUAGAGAGUAGGAGUACAGUGUGAUAAACUAAUGUGUGUCCCUUGACAGACAUUGUUGUUACCUUUUAGAAGACAUUUUUGUGUGUUUUUGUUCACUGAAUAGCGCUUUAUUGUUAGCGAAGUUGUUCGUCUCCUCUUUAGCAUGGCGGAGCGCACACGUGUGGGAGCGCAGUAAACAUUUUACCUCGUAAGGAGAGCACCUGCCGUAUCCCAAACUUUCCUCCCUGCCUAAGCUCCACUCACCCGCCGACAUGACCCUCGGCGCGGUGUCCGACGGCUCCUCGGCGGUCAGCUUCUGCUCAUGCUGCGGGGCGAAGAUGGUGCCUUACUUCAGCGACGACGGGGUGGUGUCCAAUAAUCAAAUAAACCAACUUAUUAGCGAGAGCUUCCUCACGGUAAAAGGUGCAGCCCUUUUCCUGCCAAGGGGAAACAGCCCAACGCCAAACUCUGCCCCUCGCAUUAGCCAGCGCAGGAACAAGCACACAGGGGAUCUCCAGAAACAUCUCCAAACCAUGUUCACUGUGCUGCGGCCAGAAGACACGAUUCGACUGGCUGUACGCCUGGAGAGCACCUACCCUCAGGUAACCCGCUACAUGGUGGUGGUCUCCACCAAUGGUCGACAGGACACAGAGGAGAGCAUUGUGCUAGGCAUGGACUUCUAUUCCUCUGACAGCUGUUGUACAGUGGGUCUGGUUCUACCUCUGUGGAGUGACACUCUGAUCCAUUUGGAUGGAGAUGGAGGUUUUAGUGUGUCAACUGUGAAUCGAGUUCAUGUUUUCAAGCCAGUAUCAGUUCAAGCAAUGUGGUCAGCUCUUCAGUCGCUCCACAAAGCAUGCGAGGUGGCCCGAUGCCACAAUUACUACCCAGGCAGUCUGUUCCUGACAUGGGUCAGCUACUAUCAGAGCAGGAUCUCCUCCAACCAGUUCUGCAUCAACGAGUGGAACGCUAUGCAGGAUGUUGAGUCCCACCGUGCCAAUUCACCUGUUCUCUUCACAGACCUACCCACAGAAAGGGAGCGCACGGAGAGACUGAUCAAGAUGCGCCUCAGAGAGAUCAUGAUGCAAAAGGACUUGGAGAAUGUUACCUGCAAGGAGAUUCGUACAGAGCUGGAGAUGCAGAUGGUGUGCAACCUGAGGGAGUUUAAGGAGUUCAUAGACAAUGAGAUGAUUGUCAUCCUGGGACAAAUGGACAGCCCCACUGAAAUCUUUGAACACGUCUACCUGGGCUCUGAGUGGAACGCCUCCAACCUGGAGGAGCUGCAGAGCAGCGGAGUUCGCUACAUCCUGAAUGUGACCAGAGAGAUAGACAACUUCUUCCCGGGGAUGUUUGAGUACCACAACAUCCGAGUGUACGACGAAGAGGCCACCAACCUACUGGAGUACUGGAACGAAACCUACAAGUUCAUCACCAAAGCCAAGAAAGCGGGUGCCAAGUGUCUGGUUCACUGUAAGAUGGGUGUGAGUCGCUCUGCCUCAACCGUGAUCGCCUAUGCUAUGAAGGAGUAUGGCUGGACGCUGGACGCCGCCUUUGAAUAUGUUAAAGAAAGAAGAGCUGUCACCAAACCAAACCCUUCCUUCAUGAAACAGCUGGAGGAGUAUCAGGGAAUUCUGUUAGCCAGCAAACAGAGGCAUAAUAAACUAUGGCGCUCCCACUCAGACAGUGACCUGUCAGAUCGACCGGAAGCAUUGUGUAAAUCCUCAUCUCACUCCCUGGGACGCGCCGACUCCCAGAGUAACAACAAUUCCUCUCCCUCCUUGCGUCACUUCCUGGGUGUGGCCGUGCUUCAAGCUCUAGUUGCAGACCCUGAUGACGCUGCAAAAUCGACCCCAGAACUCGGCACACGCUGCAACGGUGCCUGUGACUCACCAGCUGUUGGUACAGGUUGCGACCACAUUCUCUUGUCACCCUCACCACCACCACAAGCAGCCACGCUUGUCACAGAGAAAGGAGACGCCAACACGCCACCUGUUACUAUCCCUCAUUCUCCGCCCUCGCUCCAUAUCCUCCCUCCAACGCCUGAACCCCAGCGUGCUCACGGGUGUCAUGUGACCCCCCCGGCCAGCCCAGAGAAUAAACCGAUGGAGCUGUUUCUUCACUUCCCGGAGCAGAGCAGCUCUGAAGAUCUUUCUCCCAUCACCAUGAUGUCCAAUGACUCUGAUACAUCGGAACCAUCGCCGUCAGGUACACCCAGCGACAAGCCCAGCCCGCCGAGCCCCGUCAGCAACGCCCAUCUAACAACACCGCUUCCCACUGAGCACAACGACGACAACAACAACCCCAGCGGCUUACAUGUGACCGACACCAUGGACGGACGCGGUGACGCUGACGGCUCGUCAAGCCACAGCUCGGACAUCAUUGACUUCUUCAGCGCCAGGGAAAAGUUUGUGGGCUUAGCCCAAGAGGACGGAACACAGAGACUAUCUGAACAGAGGACCGCGUCACUGGAUGGUGACGACAACAGUGGCAUUGAGGAAGAGGAGGAGAGCGGACAUGGGACAAGUCAGUCUGAGGACAACGACGACAAGAUCAGCCCCGAACGUCCUCAUCACCCUCACGACAACGCCGUAUCAGUUCGCCAUAUUGUCACGGAGAUCGAAGCCAUAAGCCACCCGGUUGCUUCCUUAGCUUCUCCCACGGGCUCUUCUUCAUCACCCCUCCCUCCACCAUCACAGAACCUUCAGCUCGUGCGACCGGAUCAUGAGGAGGUGGAGAUCGGCGAUACACCCGCCUCACACCUGCAGUCUCCAUCCAUGCUGCCGUGUGACUGGCCGGCAGGCUCGGUGCGGCGUGCCACUGAGCAGCUGGAGCAGAAGCUGAGGCAGGAAAUGGAGAUGGCGGCAAUGCAGCGCUCUCCACUGCCCUCCCCCUGCUACGAACAACCUCCUGUCAGAAUGUCCUCUCUAAAUGUUGAAGAGCUGCCCCUUCAUGUUCCUCAGCACUCCACAGAAGAGAGGUCCACUCAGGGAGAGGGCACUGCUAAGUCCAAGGAUGAAGAGGACACAGGUUCAAGACCAGGCAACCUCCAAAACACUUCCUGUCCUCCUAACUCUUCUAUCAGCCUAAGCCAUAUGAAACAUGAACCGUCUGUAGAUGCCUCCGCCUAUACCCAAAGUGAGCAGCCCAUCAGUCUGGAUGGGGUCACAGUCCAGGAGUCUGAAACUGAUGAGAGCCUUGAGUCCCAUGGCAGGAAGCGGGGCUGUGGCCCCGACUGUGACGCCCACAACCGUCUAGUUCGUGGCAGCCAGGAGCUGGAGAGGAUUCAGCAGACGCUGAGAGAACUGCAGGCGUUCCUCCAUGAGGGUGUCAGCCUAGAGGCCCCAACCAGCAAAGACCAGGACCAGGACCGGGGGCAGCCUCAAGACCUGAGGGACCCCAUGGAUGUCGAGCUAACGUCUUGUAAAGUGGCAUGUUCCGAGACGCCACCUGCAGCCCUAGACAUGUUGCAGCGGCUGAAACAAGAUGGGAAGAGCUUCCUGGAGCCGGUCGGAUGGCACCGAGCCAUCCAGCUGGAGGCUCGCAUCCGCCAGGCGGGCCUCACCCCACCUUCUCUCAUGAAGAGAUCCGCCUCCUUGGCUAAACUGGACUGCUUAGAACUGUCAGCCACCGACCUCAACGACCUAGACCUGAGGCAACACAGCAGGACCACUUCAGCGCACUCCCACGACUCUUUCGCCACGUCUCCGUCUCACUGGGACGACACGUGGAAGAAGCAGAAAGUUCUGACACGGAAUGCCUUCAGCGAAACCACACGCUCGUCCCAUGACUAUUCGCCACCGUCGCUGUCCACCUCUCACACUCAUCCGAGAGUGGAGAGGAGUGAGAGGGAGGAGCCAGACGGCGGCGGGUGCGGCGCGCCUGCCAUGUCGUCACGGCAGCAGGGGAGGGCUCACGCGUCGCGACGUUCGAGGAAAGCGAGCGAGAGAAAGCAGCGUGCCGCCACAUUGCUAUACAACACCAUGUGACCUCACUGUGCUUGUUGGACUGGAACCCACACAAGUGGACUCAGCACCACGUGUGCCAACGUCAAUGUGUAGCAGGUGUGUUUCAAUGAUGCGUGUGUGUUUGCAUGGCAACUACUGGAUGUGUUUGGACUGGAUGACACACACAAUGUCCAGACUGAAUCAUGCACUCUUUCUUUUUGUGUGUUUUUUUUAUGUGUCAAGUGUGGACCCUCAUUGCUUGUGACAAGUUAGUAAAACUCCAACAAGAGGGCUGUUUCUCAAAACAUGCACUUUACUCUUUUCAUGUGUUCUUUUAUUUGAACUACUCAGCAACAAUGUUUUGCACUGAUAUCAUUUUUUUUUUGUUUUUUCCACACGUGAACAGAUGUCUUUAACUCAGAUUUUAAUUUAACCUGGGCAAAGCUGACGUUUGAUACAUUUUUUUAAAUUUUUAUUUGGUGCUUUAGCAGUUAAUAAAUACCAUGAGUUUGUUUUGACUUGCUUGUACUUGCUCUUUCCCUCGCACACGCGCACACGUCCACUUGUUCUUUACUGCCAUCUGCUGGCCACGAUAUGUCACUGGCAUGGGCGAAAUUUUUAUUUCCGAGGUUGGAGAGACCCAACAUACGUACACACACUGGUAAGCAUAGAUUCCAAUGCAAGAGCCAAUAGAUGAGUGUAUAGUCGGGCUAAAGUGAAACUGGCUCUAGCUUGAGCGGCCAUUUUCCACAUGGUCCUAGUACUUGAUCUGUCUGAAUUUAAUUUACAGUACUACUGAAUAACAUUGUUUUUUGGACCGUAAAAACUCUGGAUUCUUUAAAAACGUGCCACUCUUCCCCCAUGGGGAGUCAGUCAGCGCUGACAUUUUACCCACUGCUUAGUGCACGUAAUUAAACACUUGGAGGCCACCAGUGCUCCUCACGCAAAUGAGUUAACGAGAAAAGGGUGACACUGAAGUCCACUUAAAAAGACAUCACAAGCUCCACUUUGGGCUGAUGCUUUUGUAAUUACAGCAUCAGAAAGUGGUGCAAGUGCAUAAUUAGAUUUUACUAAUUAAAUCAGUGGUGGAUUAAAGAACUUGUAAUUAACUUUACCAACACUUUACCAAGCUGGCAAGGCGCAGAGAUGCUAAUAAUGAGAUAACAUCGAGACAAAACACUUACUCAAAAGACAUUUAUUUACUUGACUAGCAUACCCAUAAAAACAGUUGGAGUAAAAAAAAUCACUGAGCAGACAAGCAUCGUUGUGAAUUCAAGAGGAGAGCGAUGGCUCGUCUCACUUUGUGCUGAAAUUGGUGUGUGGAAAGUCCAAAAUGAAAAGAAAAGUUCUAUCAAA